UCGAUGCGUCUCCCGACACGGUGGAGGGGCACGCACCCCUUUGCGUCAAGAUGCUACGCGACGGCGACUCCGCGGAUACCACAAACCAUCAUUGAAAAGGUCGUACAGCGGUAUGCAGUCGACCUACCUCAAGGGAAGACUGUCAAGGCCGGAGACUACGUUAUGAUACGCCCUGAGCAUGUCAUGACACACGACAAUACAGGUCCUGUCAUUACAAAGUUCAAGUCAAUAGGUGCAACUCGAGUCCAUAACCCGAAGCAGCUCGUCUUCACCCUCGACCAUGACGUUCAAAACAAGACGCCGAAAAACCUUUCCAAAUACGCGUCUAUCGAAGCCUUUGCAAGGCAAAAUGGAAUCGACUUCUACCCCGCUGGGCGAGGCAUCGGACACCAGGUCCUCGUCGAAGAAGGCUACGCCUUUCCCAAUGCUCUCACUGUCGCCAGCGACAGUCACAGUAACAUGUACGGCGGUGUUGGCUGUGUCGGUACGCCCAUAGUGCGGACGGACGCGGCUGCUCUCUGGGCGACCGGCAAGACAUGGUGGCAGGUACCCCGGAUGAUCAAGGUGGAGCUUAAGGGAAAGCUCACCCCCGGCGUCACGGGCAAGGAUGUCAUCGUUGCACUGUGCGGCUACUUCAACAAGGACGAGGUCCUCAAUGGCGCUCUCGAGUUCGCAGGAGACGGUAUCUCGGCUCUGACAGUCGAUGAACGGCUCACGAUCGCGAACAUGACGACCGAAUGGGGAGCGCUUGCGGGCGUAUUUCCUGUGGAUGAUGUUACUCUGGACUGGUACGAACGCGCUUUGAAGAGGCUGGAGCUCCGCACAUUCUCUACUCCUGCUCUAUCUACGUCUAUCCCACCUCCACCUGAACACCCUCGGAUCAACCGUUCUCGCCUCGACUCCCUCCGUGCAAACAUCAUUCGGUCAGACCCCGACGCCUCCUACGCGUCACAUCUCGUACUUGACCUUUCUACGCUUGUUCCGCAUGUAUCUGGUCCGAACAGCGUCAAGGUAUCAACUCCCCUCCCGGUCCUCGAGUCGAAGCGCGUUCCGAUCCAGAAGGCAUACCUCUUGAGCUGCACCAACGCACGUGCCUCUGAUAUCGCGGCUGCUGCCGCCGUCAUGAAGGGCCAUAAAGUCGCGCCGAGCGUCGAGUUCUACGUUGCGGCAGCUAGUUCCGAGGUCCAGCAAGACGCGGAGAAGUGUGGUGACUGGGAGACCCUUGUCGUCGCCGGUGCGAAGCCUCUGCCAGCUGGCUGUGGACCUUGCAUCGGGCUGGGCGUCGGCUUGCUUGAGGACGGAGAGGCGGGCAUCAGUGCAACGAACAGGAACUACAAGGGUCGAAUGGGACACCCGAACGCGCAAGCGUACCUUGCAUCGCCCGCUGUCGUGGCGGCCAGUGCGAUUAAGGGGUAUAUCGCCAGCCCCGACUCCCUGGACUCGGCCUCGCUCCCUGCCUCUGGCGCGCCGCAGUUCUCCAUCGUCACGCCUGGCAAGGACGGCGCGGCGCCCACCGCCUCCGUCGAAGCUGAAGAACCUGUCCUUCCUGGUUUCCCGACCACAUUCGCCGGUCCCCUUCUCUUCACGCCUCAGGAUAACCUGAACACGGACGCUCUUUACCCCGGCAAAUACACAUACCAAGACGAUAUCACUCUCGCCCGUCAGGCCGAGGUCGUGAUGGAGAACUACGACCCCUCGUUCGCGGCGCUCGUCGCCUCCAUCCGCAAGGAGCAGGAGCAGACCGCACAUGUGGCAUCUGGCAUCAAGCAGGGCGUCGUCCUGGUCUCGGGGUACAACUUCGGCACGGGCUCGUCUCGUGAGCAGGCUGCCACCGCGCUGAAGUCGGCCGGAGUGCCGCUUGUCAUCGCGGGCUCCUUCGGCGACAUCUUCAAGCGGAACGCGAUCAACAACGGGCUCGUAUGCAUCGAGUCCCCCGAGCUUGUCGCAGACCUCACGAGCGAGUACGCGAAGGACGGAAAGCGCGGCGCGGGCGGCAAGAAGGGCGAGCUCACCGUGAACGAGGGUCACGUCGUCGACGUGAAGGUCGUCGAGGGCCGCGUCGAGGUCCGCUGGCCGAGUGGGGAGAUGCGGACGUACAAGGUUGGCCGAGUGGGCGCGAGCGUGCAGGAGCUCUGGAUCUGCGGCGGUCUCGAGGGAUACGUCCUGAAGUCGAUCAAGGAAGCGGGCGCUGCGUGAGGCGGUGUUCCUAGGGCGCACAUGAGCUAGUCUAUCAAAAGUAGUGUACACAGGAGGGUUCUAUAUGCACAAUGUCAGGAGCUCAUAGGAUGCUGUGUCGGGAAUCAACGCUGAGCCCUUCAGAUCGUUCUCGAAUACCUGCGGCAUUGACACGAUAAUAUCCGAUGUCCUUGGAUUGGUCAUAUCAGAUAUAAUCACUCGU